AUGGCUGAACCAGUCUAUAAUUCCUCAACGCCGGAGGGCGGUGAUCCUACCCAGGUCGACGUGAACGCGCAAUACACCGGAUUUGAGUACAACUAUGUCUAUAUUACUACCUGCACAUUUAUUGUCUUCCUUAUUUUACCGGGGAUUGGGAUGCUCUACAGCGGCUUAUCACGGAGGAAAUCCGCGCUGGCUCUUCUCUUCCAAGCCUUCAUGGUUCUCGCAGUAUCUACAUUUCAAUGGCUGUUUUGGGGGUAUUCUCUUGCUUAUUCAAGAGAUGGCGGACCCUUUAUCGGUACACUGAAGAACUUUGGCUUAAUUGAUGUCUUGGUGGCGCCCUCACCCGGCUCCGCGGUCUUACCGGAGGUCGUUUUCUGUCUGUUUCAGCUCCUCUUUUGCGCAUGCACAGUGAUGAUUGUCGUUGGAGGUGCCUUUGAACGAGGUGGCAUUGUACCUUCAUUGAUCUUCAGCUUCUUCUGGGCAACCAUAGUCUACUGCCCGCUAGCCCGCUGGACAUGGAGCAGUAACGGAUGGCUCUACAAUCUGCCGGCCAUUGAUUUUGCGGGAGGCGGUCCCGUACACAUUGCUUCUGGGUGUACAGCUCUGGCCUAUGCGUUGGUUCUGGGAAAGCGUAGGGAUCACGGCGACCCUUCAAUUCGCAAACCGCACAAUACAACCCUGGUCUUCCUCGGGACCGUGAUGAUCUGGACUGGAUGGUUGGGAUUCAAUGGAGGUUCGAGUCUCAACGCCAGCAUGCGUGCCAUGGUUGCUGUUUUCAACACCAACACCGCCGGUUGCACAGGUAUUCUCGGAUGGGUUCUGGUCGACAUGAUCCGGUACAAAGGAAAGUUCACACUCGUUGGUGCUUGCGAAGGUGCGAUUGCUGGCUUGGUCGGGAUCACGCCAGCGGCUGGUUGUGUCUCGCUAUGGCUCGCAGCAUGCAUCGGUUUCAUCACCGCCAUUGUAUGCUCCUCCCUCAAGAAUGUGAACGAGUGGAUCAAUGUCGACGAGGGCAUGGAUGUGUUUAAGCUGCACGGUCUUGGUGGCAUGGUGGGAGCUUUCCUGACGGGACUUUUUGCAAGCGAAAAGAUCUCGGCCUUGGAUGGCAGCACGCUAUCACCAGGAGCGAUCGAUGGCAAUGGAGUCCAGGUUGGAAAGCAGUUGGCGGAGAUCUGCGCCAUCUCGUCGUAUUCCUUCGUCGUGUCCUACCUUAUGCUUCUCAUCCUAAAGUAUAUUCCUGGGAUGCAUUUGCGAGUGAGUGAUGAGGAUGAAAUGCUGGGACUGGAUCGGACUCAGUUCUUCGACGAACAGAUCGGAGAUUGGUCGAUGACGGUGCAUGGCUCGGCAAGUCCCACGCUGGUCGGGGUACCCAAAGUGUCGUCAACGAGCGUGACAGAGUGCCAGGAAAGAAAGGGGAGCGAUCUAUAGAAUAUGUAGAAGCUAUCUAUGUUGCUUUUGGGAUAGAUAAAUGAUAGAGUUCGGUCUGUAUGCAGGGAAAUGCAACUAUAGGACGGUCCGUUAACCCAAUUCGGCCUGCUGACGG